CACCGAGUCAUUUGGCAAGACAGCGGGCAUCGGGUCGUCAAGCCCAACAGCGGGCACCGAGUCAUCUGGCAAAACAGUGGGCAUCAGGUCAUCAAGCUCGACAGCGGGCACCGAGUCAUCUGGCAAGACUGCGGGCACCGAGUCAUCUGGCAAGACUGCGGGCACCGAGUCAUCUGGCAAGACAGCGGGCACCAAGUCAUCUGGCAAGAUAGCGGACACCGAGUCAUCUGGCAAAACAGCGGGCACCGGGACAUCUGGCAAGACAGCGGGCAUCGGGUCGUCAAGCAAGACAGCGGGCACGUGUCAUCUGGCAAGACAGCGGGCACCGAGUCAUCUGGCAAAACAGCAGGCACCGAGUCAUCUGGCAAAACAGCGGGCACCGAGUCAUCUGGCAACAGGUCAUCUGGUUCGACAGCGGGUACUGGGUCAUCUGGUUUGACAGCGGGCACCGGGUCAUCAGGCAUAGGAUCGUCUGGCUCGACAGCGGGUACCGGGUCAUCUGGCUUGACAGCGGGCACCAGGUCAUCUGGCAACAGGUUGGGUAGAACCAUCAGGCUGGGUAGCGUACACUGGGUCAUCAGGCAUCAGGGUAUCAGGCUGAAUUGCGGGUGCCGGGGCACCAGGCUGAACCAC